AUGUGGCUUCGAGUCUUCGAGGCAUGGGCAACCGCUCGACUUCUUUCGAGUCCUGCGUUCCACCGCGCCGUCCACAAUGCGCACAAGCAGUUUCGCCGCCUGAAGGAUGGCAAACCGAUGGAAGAGAUGGGCGGGACAAACAUCGACCAUCAACGUCCGUCGUUAUUCAAACACUUCAUCGAUGAGGUCAAGGAUCAGAUCAAAGGGGGCCCUCCACGCCGUUAA